UUUGGCAUCGUUUUCCAUUUAAAAAGAAGUGGAACGUAUUGUCCGCGGGAUUAUAAAACCGGGCGAUCAGAAUGGUUAGAGCAGUGUUAAGUAGAGUUCCUGGUUACCUACAUGGCCUCAACCUUCCUCCAGUACUUCAAAGGCGCUUUGAAGAUUGUCCUUGUUGGCGAUUCGAAGGUGGGAAAGACGAGUUUGCUUUCUCGAUCCCAUGAGCUUUAUGCAACUUUUUCUGAUGGCUGCAGUUUUCUAAAAAAGCCUUAUGUACACUCGGAAGUGUACUCUCCUACGGUAUUUGAAACUUUUAUUACAAACGUGGACACCGAAUGCUUGGGGAACUAUCAGGCAAACAUUUGGGAUACAGGAGGAUAUGGAGUGUUUCGGUCUGUCAGACCACUGGCUUACAUCGACGCUGAUGUCUUCAUGAUGUGUUUUGACAUCACAAAUCGUGAAUCUUUUGAAAACUUAACAGAGGUUUGGCUACCAGAAAUUCAAUCGUUUCAGCCGAACACACCAGUGCUUUUUGUUGGAAUGAAAGGCGACUUGCGAACUAUUUCGAGCAACAGUGAAUCUCAUUGCUGGGUAACAGUUUCUGAAGCAGAAAGUAUUGCACAUCAGGUAGGGUGUGCAUAUGUUGAGACGAGUGCCAAGACUGGUGAGAAUGUGACAUCAGCUUUUGCAAAUGCUGUGAAGAUUGGUCACAUCAAUAACAAGAAGUUGGGUGGCAGAAAGAGGAUGAAGACAGAGUUUGCUGAUUUAUACUUGAGAUCUCUCACAUCCAUCAGCUCCCCUCCACAGUUAACAACAGAUCCCUCAACUUAUGUCAGUGACUUCACAAGAAUUCUAGAAGAUGUUGCUUAUGCAGAUAUUCUUUUCAAAUUUGAAGAUGGGAGUCAAAGCAUUCCUGCACACAAAAUUGUCUUUUGGUUUCACAUAUCAGCUUUUAGACAUGCUUUUUUUGAAAAGAAUUGGAAUUUGUGCGAAAAAUUUCAGGAUAGUUUUAUGAUUAAGGAAACUGAUUUUGAAGGAAAGACUUGUGUAGUUUUGAAGAAAUGGUUUUCCCAUGAUAUCUUUGUUAAAAUUUUAGAGUUCUUAUAUACAGGUGAGGUGAGAAUAUCAAAAAACAGUGAACAUGAGGAAAUAGACAAACUGUUAAAUGUGGCAAAGAAGCUAGAAGUUGUGAAGUUGGUGGAUAUCUGUGAGUAUCUGCUUGAUGUUAAGGAUGCUUUGAAUCAUUCAGAGAUGACUGAGAUGUCCCUGCUGCCAAAACACACUGUAGUGAAAGAUUUCUUUCUUGAUGACGACAUGGCUCUGUAUUCUGAUGUGACAUUUAUCAUAGAAGGAACACUGGUAUUUGCCCAUAAAGCAGUGCUUGUUGCCAGAUCACCUGUUUUUGCUGCUCUUUUGAGUGAUAAGUUUGCAGAUGGUAGAAGCCCUCAGGUAGCUUUGCCAGGAGUUGACUACAGAACCUUUUUAGCUGUGAUGGAAUACCUGUACACUGAUAACUGUACUUCCCUAGGGAAUAUUCCAGUUGAGGAUGUGCUUGUUCUUGCUGAUUGCUUGUGUCUAACCCGCUUAGUACAGAUUUGUGAAGUUCAAAUGCAUAAAGGAUUGUUGAAUAUGACAAAAAAAGAUUUGUUAGAUGUUCUGGCAUUCUCCAAGAUGUUCAAUGCUAAGCAGGUGACAGAGUGGUGCCUAUAUGUCAUUGGCUUAAACUUCCUAAAAUAUGAAAGCGUCGAGAAAGAGUUUGAAUUGAUUGUUAGUGAACACAGUCAGUUCUUUGAAAAGCAUUGCUGGCCACCUCAAGACCACAGAAAAGUUCUGAAGAAAUACAGACAAAGUGCUAAGAGGAAUAGAUGGGACAAAAGACAACUCACUCAGAGGGGAAGCUCUUGUUUACCUCUGAAUUGCCAUGUGAUGUAGGAUGUAAAAAAAAAUUGGCUAGGCACAGUUGUCUGCAGAACCUGCCAUGUUUAAUUGAUUACACUUGAUGAUAAAUAGAUAGUGAGCUACAUAUAUAUUUACCCCCCCUCUUUGGAUAAUAUCGUAAAAUUUGAUGGAGGCCAAUUGGGUUAGUGAUCAUACAAGUGAUUAGGCAAAUCUGACAAUCUUGAAGCUGGAGUAUGAUUUAUUAAUCACACAUUUGAUUGCUGAUAUAAUUAACAACACAAAAUCUUGUUACCAGUGAAAUAUAACCAUGACGAUUUCCAAGAAAACAAAGUGUGUUUGUUGAAAGAAAGGCUAGUAAUUUCAAUCUUUUAACUAUUUGUGACAGAGUCACUUAGGCUUAUUUUCUACUUAAAACAUGUUUUUUCUUCUGUUUAUUUUAUUUUCUGGAAUUUUAGUGAUUUGCCAGUAAUUUUAGUAAUGUGUUAAUUGUGUUAGUACUGUGUUGUGUUAGUAAUGUGUUAAUUGUAUUAUUCCCGUACCUGCCCUUGUCCUGUUGUGUAAGAGUAAACACCGAUUUCCCUUAUGUAAUUCCUGUUUAAUUGACCGCUCCCAGCCCAUAUUUGGUUUUAAGUUAUUUUUACCUUUUCCUGUAUUUUACUAUAAGUUACAACCGUUUGCUCGGUAAGUUCAGUUGAUUUGUUGCCUUCCUGAUAGUGCCCUUAUAGCGGAUUCCGAGCUAUACUACCUUUUGUGUCACUCGUUCCCGUUUUUUUUGUACCGUUGCAUCUAUUUGCUGUGUAAUAAACUUGUAAAUCUUCCCCCGGAUCUUUUGUUCUUACGUCGACCGUUUUGGCCGUCUUACAUAUUUACCAUUACAAUCUUUGACAAGUAUACACUGAAAAGCUCCAGAGACAGGUUUGAGCUUGGGAUGGUAUGCCAAUGCAGUGGUUUCUGUGAUUGGUGGAUUCAUAUGAGUAUGCUUAGUGUGAUUGUUUGAUGUAACUGUCUGAUUACAACCAACUGUUUGAUAACACUGUUCAGUUACAAGUCUACAGAAUUAUUGUAAAAAAGAAGGCACUUCUUCCACCAAUCACAUUCCACAAAAUUGUGAUAGUUAAAAUUAUUACGGACCAGUAAAACCAAACUGUUGCAAUGUUUUCAUAUGGCCUGUAAAUUUUUUUGCGACUGUAAUUUAAGGUGGCUUAAAUUGGUGAACAUAAGCACUGCUUUAAAGAAUCAUUACUGCUUCUCUGACCAUAAAAUAGUUAAGUGGUAGUGCUGCUUAGUACAGCACUGGUAUGAUACAUAUAGUGUAUUUGUUAUAUUUUGAAUUUUUUUUUAUAUAUAAUUUGAUUGAAUUACAGUUAUGUAUGUUUUCGUGUACUAAUUAAAGUGAGAGAUUCUGUAUGAUCUUGAA